AAAAGUUUCAACCAACUAUACACUACAUUACGAGCUGUAGAGGUACUCGAGGAGGACUGACCGUGUGCGUCACGAAUAUUCUAUGCUAUGGGUGGACCUCCAACUUACCAGCGAUACAAUGCCAAGGCUCGAGGCUCAGUAGCCGGCGGGUCACACAAGAAACGCAAGCGGCCCAAAGUUCAUCGAGGAGAAGCGGAAGGAGGAGGACAGGAUGGAGAUGAAGGGGGACAUGGUAUUGGAGAGGUGACGGAAGGCAGUGGGAGAGGCAAAAUGUCAGCGAAGAAGAGAAAGAGGCUAGAGUCGUAUGUGACUAAGAAGCUGAAGAACGAAGAAAAGGCGGAGACACUUAAGCUGUUGGCUUCAUUGACUCCUUCGACGUCCACCUUAUCUGCACUAGCGAGUUCCAGUACGCUUGGUCAGAGACCCAUGGCUCCGGUCAGUGCUCAGGAGCGUCAAGACACAAGGGAGGACCUCAUCGUCCGGCGUGGUAUCGAUAGGCUCGCCAGGGCAGGCAGGGGAAGGAAGGAUAGUGAUGAGGACAGUGACGGAAGCGAGAAGAGUGUCAAGGCGGCGAGUACUGCAAAGGCAAAGAUGUCGAUGAGGUCCGCAGAGAAGCCGCCAAACGUGGCGAAAGCGAAGAAGGAGAACUCUUGGACCCCAACGCUCUUGCGGACACAACCGCAGUCCGAUUCUUCAGAUUUUGAUUCUUCCGAAUCGGAGAAUGACGGUCUGGCAGUAGAGGACGGGGCGCGAAACGUAUCGGACAAUUCGGGACAGAUGGGCCAGGAACCUACUGCAGUCACGGAAGUGGCACCGGAGCCGACCAAGCGGGCGGCGCCUAAGUCGGAGGAGUCAUUCGGAGGAGCUCUUAAGCGUGGAGCAGAUGGUAAGACUGUCACUCCAAAGAUUCUGCCUCGCAGGCAAAAAAUGCCUCUCGGCAGAAAUCGGAAACGAAUUGAGCCGGUCAAAUACACAGGCGCUGGGGACUCAAGCUCGUCAAGCGAGAGUGAGAGUUCGGACAGUGGAUCCAUGUCGUCCGAGUCUGCUUCUGACGAGGACGAUUCCGAGGAGGACAGCGACGGUUCUGGCGCAGAUUCAGGAUCCGCCACGUCUGAUGGUGACGUGCAAGCGUCCGACGCUGUUGGAUCUGUCAAAAAGCGAGCAGCAGGAUUCAAAGCCUGGGCACUGAAGCAGAUGGGACAACCAUCUCCAGCGGGCUCUGCAAAGCCAUCUCCGCCUCCCUUUGCGCAAUCACCUGCUCCGCCAUCCUCAGCCUCGAUUGGGGGAUCUCACUUGGAACAGGUUAAGAGACCGAUGAUUGGCCCCUUGGGGGCUGCAUUGAAUAUCCCAAGCUCCUCCCUCCUGGAUGAGGAUGGCUCCGGUCCGUCCGCCCGACCCCUCAUCAACCGUCCAGAUUCAGUUGCGGCAUCUAGACUAAAUUUGCCAAUCCUGGCUGAAGAACAGGGCAUCGUUGAAGCCAUCCGGAUGAAUUCCGUCGUCAUCAUCGCCGGUGAAACGGGUAGCGGAAAGACGACUCAGGUGCCCCAAAUGCUGUACGAAGCUGGCUUUGGUUAUAAGGAUUCGAAUAAUCCAGGCAUGAUUGCAAUUACUCAACCCAGACGUGUAGCUGCUGUCUCCCUUUCCGCUCGAGUCAGAGAGGAGCUUGGUCUCCCAUCAUCCUCUGCAUUGGUGGCUCAUCAGAUUCGAUACUCUUCCACAACCUCCCCUGAGACUAGCAUCAAGUUCAUGACAGACGGCGUGCUGUUGCGAGAAAUGGCGGGCGAUUUCCUUCUGUCAAGAUACAGCGUCGUGAUCGUGGACGAGGCCCAUGAACGAGGCGUCAACACAGACGUUCUCAUCGGCCUAUUGAGCCGAGUCGCAAAGCUGCGAGAGAAGAAAUGGCGCGAAUCGCGGGAGAAAGCAACCAAAGACUCGAUAAUUAGACCCCUACGAAUCGUCAUCAUGUCAGCUACGCUCAGAAUUUCUGAUUUCGCCUCUAACACUACAUUGUUCGCUUCCCCUCCGCCUGUCGUUCAUAUUCCUGCUCGUCAGCAUCCUGUGACUACCCAUUUUUCACGCAAGACGGUUGGAGACUAUGUCGGCGAGGCGUAUAAGAAAGUCUGCAAGAUUCACGCAAGGCUUCCACCGGGUGGCAUCCUGGUUUUCCUCACUGGUCAGGGAGAAAUUCAGGGUUUUUGCAGGAAGCUCGAGGCCAAGUACGGUUCGGGCCGGAAAGCCAAAGACCUCACUGCUCCGAGAUCGAUUCAAGAAGCAGAAGACCUACCUCGAGACGCGCCACUGGAAGCCGAAGAUAUUGAGCUGGGUCAGGAUAAUGACCUGGCUGCGGAUGUCGAUGAUGGGGCGGCCGUCAGUGAUCCGGAAGCUCUCGAUAGCGAUGAUGAGAUACCGGAUGUAGUCAUUCAAGAGGAGACAGAAGCACCAAUGCACGUACUACCAUUGUACUCUUUACUUCCCAACGACCAGCAGAUGCGUGUGUUCCAGCCACCUCCCGAAAGCCACCGACUUGUCAUUGUCGCGACCAAUGUGGCAGAGACGUCAGUUACGAUACCUGGGAUCAGGUAUGUUGUGGACUCUGGUCGUUCCAAAGAAAGGCAUUUCGACCCUAUCUCGGGUGUUCAGACAUUUCAAGUCUCCUGGAUCUCGAAGGCCUCGGCCUCCCAGAGAGCUGGUAGAGCGGGUCGGACAGGUCCAGGACACGUCUAUCGGUUAUAUUCGUCUGCACUUUUCGAGGACCAUUUCGAGGCGUACUCGAAACCUGAGAUUCUUCGAAUGCCCAUCGAAGGCGUGGUGUUGCAAAUGAAGAGUAUGAACAUUGAUGCUGUCAUUAACUUUCCCUUCCCGACUUCGCCUGAUCGAUCGAGUCUGGCCAAAGCCGAGCAACUCUUGACCCAUCUAGGGGCACUGGAGAAGCCGACUCGGACGAAGAUGGUGGCCGGCACCGAAAAGGAAGGAGUCGAGGGUGGUCGUAUCACGUCGCUCGGGCUUUCUAUGGCUGGAUAUCCCGUCUCGCCCAGAUUCGCCAAGAUGUUAGUCAUCGGUAAUCAACAUGACUGUCUCCCGUACGUUAUUGCCAUUGUGGCCUGUCUAUCCGUCGGAGAUCCGUUUGUUCACGAGCAAAGCCUCGAGCUGGGUGAGGAUGGUGAAGGCGCUUCAGACGAGGACGAAUCAGAACUUCGACACAUCACCAAGGAUGAUAUAAGGAAGCGAGAGGAGAGGAAACGACUGAGAAGCCGAUAUUUCAAGGUUCAAGCUCAGUUUGAAGCUCUCGGAGGAGGCAAGAGUGACCUGUUCAAGAUGCUCGCUGCCAUUGGGGCGUACGAGUAUGACCCGAAUCCUGGCUUCUGUGCCAACCACUUUCUCAGGCCAAAAGCAAUGCACGAGAUCCAGCAGCUCAGACGCCAGAUCUCCAGGAUCGCAAAGAUACCCAUGGUUCGAUUGACUCCUCCAUCAGAGACACAGCUCAAAGUGCUUCGUCAAAUUAUCCUGGCUUCAUCGCUUGACAAAGUCGCAGUGCGCUUGGACAUCGCAAUGAAACAGCCCUCCACGUCAUUUGCGUCCUCUCGAAAUAUUGCAUAUCGCGCACUUGGUCUUCCGCCCUCAGAAUCAGCUUUCAUUCAUCCGUCGUCUACCCAUUUCCAUCGCCCACCUCCGGACUAUGUCGUCUUUCAAGAUAUCACUCGAGGGGAUAAGAAGACUUAUAUGCGCCAACUGACCACUGUCAAUCCGCAGUGGCUGUCCGAGCUAGGGAAAAGUUUGUGUUCGUGGUCUAAACCGGACGAAAUCAAAGUCAAGGGGAAGAAUCAGGCGGAUCAAGUCAGGAAUGGGGAGCGAGAGGUGUGGGUUGUCCCUCAUUUCGGGGAUCUGGGCGUGGACCUUCCGCCGAAGAGAAUGAAGCAGAGGAGAGAAGGGACAAGAUGGGUACUGGUAGAGUAGUGAGAUAAUAGGGGAUGCAUGUGGAGCUGUCAGCUGUC